AUGGCUACCCGGGGGUCUCUGGAAGAAUUCGACCCCACCAAACCGGGCGGCUGGAAGAGCUACGCGAGCCGGCUGGCCUUCUACCUCGACGCCAACGAUAUCACCGAUGUCGGGAAGAAGCGCUCCGCCUUCCUCAGCGUGUGCGGGGCCCAGACCUUCGACCUCGCUCAGUCCCUGCUGGCUCCCGCCGAACUGGAGGAGACGCCAUUUCCGGCGAUCAUGGCGGCGCUGGGGAGCCAUUUCAACCCCCAGCCAACUCGGGCCACUCGCCGCUUGGCGUUCCACCUGCGGGACCAGGGACCAGGGGAAUCGGCAGCUGCAUACAUUGCCGCUCUACGCACGGCCGCCCGUUCCUGCGACGUCUCCCUCCACAAGGUGCACGGGGCAGACAAGGUCGCCAUCGUCAUCAAGAUCGGCGGUGCGCCUUGCGAGAUGGAAGUGGACUCCGGGUCGGCUCUCUCCAUUAUAUCGAUGGACACGUACCGCGACCUGGGCCGUCGCUCUGCCUCCCUCCCCGAGCUGCGUCCAUCCCGCGUCACCAUUUGGGACUAUCAGCGGCGCCGGGUGCCGGUCCGGGGGGAGGCCCGCGUACCCGUUCAAUUCCGGGCCCGUUCCGGGUGCCUCCGCCUCAUCGUGGUCGAGGGGCCUCGCGCGAGCCUCCUGGGGCUCGACUGGUUUCCGGCGCUCGGCCUUCACAUCGGCGGCAUCCACCACAUCAGCCAGGCCGCCCUCAACGACGUUUGGGCGGAGUUUGAGGACGUGUGGAAGGGCCCACUGGGCUGCUACAAGGGGCCGCCGGUCCGCCUGCACGUCAACCCCGCCGCUGCACCCAUCCGCCUCAAGCCUCGCCGCGUCCCCUUCGCCCUCAAGCCCCGGAUCGACGCGGAGCUUGACCGUCUCGUCGCUCAGGGGGUACUGGUACCGGUCCCCAACGCCCCCUGGGAGACCCCAAUUGUGACGCCGCUCAAGCCCAACGGGGACGUCCGCAUCUGCGCGGACUACAAAUGUACUAUUAAUACUGCGCUGCGGCCGCACGCCUACCCCGUGCCCGUUGUCAGCCACCUCCUGGCCUCCCUUGCUGGGGGUCAGGUGUUUGCCAAACUGGACCUCGCUCAGGCUUACCAGCAGCUGCCCGUGGACCCCGAGUCGGCUGAGGCGCAGACGAUUGUCACUCACCGGGGUGCCUUCCGGGUGACGCGCCUACAGUUCGGGGUCAGCACGGCCCCGGGCAUCUUCCAGAAUUUGAUGGAAGACCUCCUGAAGGGCUUGCCUGGCGUCGUCCCGUACUUCGAUGACGUCUUGAUUGCCGCAAGCUCCGAGGACGAGCUCCUGGAUCGCGUCCGCCGGGUGCUCCGCUGUUUCCGAGAUGCCGGGUUGACGGUCAAGCGAGAGAAGUGCCAGCUGGGCCUGCCGCAGGUGGAGUUCCUGGGCUACUUGAUCGACGCAGAGGGCAUCCAUCCCACGCCCGACAAGAUCAAGGCGAUCCACAACGCCCCGCCGCCCCAAAGCAAACAGGAACUCCAGUCGUUCCUCGGCCUGCUGAACUUUUACCACGCCUUCCUCCCUAACAAGGCGUCGGUUGCCGAGCCGCUCCACCGGCUCUUGGACAAAUCCUCCCCGUGGGCGUGGGGUAAGUCGCAUCAACGGGCGUUCGAGGCUACCAAAGACCUCCUGUCUCCCUCCAGCUUGCUCGUCCAUUUCGAUGAGAAGCUUCCCGUUGUGUUAACAUGCGAUGCCUCGCCCUACGGUGUCGGAGCGGUUCUGAGCCACCAGCUGCCAGGCGGUCGGGAGGCCCCGAUUGCCUUCUACUCCCGGACCCUCUCCGCUGCAGAGAGGAACUACGCGCAAAUCGACCGGGAGGCGCUCGCCGUCGUGGCCGGCGUGAAGAAGUUCCACGACUACGUUUAUGGCCGCCCCUUCUCCAUCAUCACCGACCACAAGCCACUUUUGGGGUUGUUCGUGCCGGAUCGUCAGACACCACAAAUCCUGUCCCCCCGCAUGCUCCGGUGGUCGAUUUUUCUCAACGCCUACGACUUCCGGCUACUGCACCGCCCCGGGUCCAGCAUCGCGAACGCCGACGCACUCAGCCGUUUGCCGCUCAAGGACUCCGACCCGGACCCGUCCCCGGCCUACAACGUCAUGCUGCUGGAGACCCUGCCUGAACCGCCUUUGCAUGCCUCGGACAUUGCGGCUCACACUGCGAAGGACCGCACCCUCGCCCGCGUUUUGAACUGGGUGGGGAAGGGGUGGCCGGCGGCCAGGCCGGAGGGCGAAUUCAAGCCCUUUUUCACGCGGCAGCAUGAACUCUCGCUGAACAAGGGGUGUCUGCUCUGGGGGAACCGCGUCGUGGUUCCAGCCAAACUGCGCACCAAGGUCCUGGACGCCCUGCAUGCCUGCCACCCAGGAAUAGUGCGCAUGAAGGCCCUGUGGGUGAGCCGCUGCCAGCCGUGCCAAGAGUCGCGGCCCGAGAUGCCGCGAGCCCCGACCCACCAUUGGGAGUCCACCCACAAGCCCUGGUCCCGCCUCCACAUCGACUUCGCCGGCCCGUUCCAGGGCAAAACUUUCCUGAUCGUGGUGGACUCCUACUCCAAGUGGCUGGAGGUUUCUGAUGUAUGCUCUAUGACCUCGCGAGUGGUGGUUCGAGAACUGCGGAAGCUUUUUGCCACCCAUGGGUUGCCAGACACGGUGGUCUCCGACAACGGGGCCCAAUUCACGUCCGCGGAGUUCCAAGAGUUCCUGGCCAAAAAUGGAAUCCGCCACACGACCUCGGCCCCGUUCCACCCUGCCACUAACGGACAGGCAGAGAGAAUGGUCCGCACGACCAAGGAAGCGAUGCGGCGCAUUGAGCGCAACGACUGGGACAGGGGGCUGGCAGAAUUCCUCCUGUACCAGCACACCACGCCCAACUCCACCACCGGAAAAAGCCCCGCGGAGCUCCUCAUGGGCCGCCGGCCAAAAACGCCACUUGACCGGCUACACCCCGACCUUGCGCCAGAACGCCCUCGCCACCGAGAAGAACCAGCAACCCCACGGGUCGUGGAGCAGGAUGCCCCCGUCUAUGCCCGUAACUAUGGAAUGGGCCCAGCCUGGAUUCCGGCUACCGUGCAGGACGCAACCGGCCCAGUAUCCUAUCGGGUUGCCACCCCCGAGGGUCGAGUCCUCCGGCGACACAUCGAUCAGCUGCGCCGCCGACUGGCUGACGAGCCCGACCGCGCCGCUGCCACAGAAGCUCCAGAGCUUCCCAGAGUGCCGGAACAAGCCACCCCAGGGGAGAGCGAGCCGAGCAAGGAGCGCCUGUCUGCCGGCAUGCACAGAGAGCUCCUGGAAGCCGUUUCUCCCACCUCCUGCGACCCCGGGCCGACUGCUGCCACAGACGCGGCCCCACCACCCACAACACCAGUUCUGGUACCGCGUAGGUCGCAGCGGUUACGAACACGACCCCGCCACCUGAAAGACUUUGUGUGCUCCUGCGCCGCCGGACCGCGCACGCGCGAAACACCCCCCCUCCGCCAGGCAAGAGCCGAAGCGCGGCUCCGGACGGGACCGAAGUCCGGCGGCCUUCCUUGGGCGCACGCGCGCUACAGGUCCCCCGCCGCCCCGCCCCUCGCCGAGCGCGACCACGACAGCCGCGUCGCGCCCUCCCACGCCGUCGCUGCCCGGCUAGGCCCCGCCCACCCAGCGCGCGGGAGGUCGGGAAGGAGGGAGGGAGAGGUCGCUGCGCAGCAACCGGAGCGGCAGCAGUAG